AUGCGCCCUAAUGGCUCCCGCAGCCUUGGGGGUCCCCCGCUCGGCGCCCGCCGAGUUUCGCGCCUAACGAACGCGAAAGGGUCCACGCCGCUGCGCCAACCAAACACCGUCAAAACAAACGGCCCGAAGUGGGCGACCGCCCGGAGAUUCGCACUUCAGCCCCCUUUCGAGGAAAUGGAGCAUUCGAUACGCGCAGUUGUUAAUGUCGUUCCAGCGAUACACGGUGACGUCGACAGCAAA